AUGGAAACCCACAGCGCGCAGGCGCAGAGUCGCACAGCGCAACCCUUCCCCUUCCUCUACACCUCUCCCUCCUAUUGGCUCCGCCGCCAUAUCCGGCAGCAGUACGGCGGCGCCCGAUUGGUUGGAAGGCGAGCGGGACGAGGCGGCGGCAAUGGCGGACGAGCGGGCGGUGUGAGGGCUCGGCCGCCAUUUUGUGUGUGUGGGGGCUCGCGCCCGGCCUCGCUGCCCGUCACUACGGGGCCGGUGCCCGGAGCUGUCGGUGCUGCCCGUGCUCGGACCCUCCGUUGUACCGGGAGGAGCCGAGUCCGCCCGGUGCGGCGCUGCGGGGCUCCAGGUGGAGCAGGAGCCUCUGCGGGCCGCUGUGCUGCUGCUGCUGCUGCUGCUGCUCCCCGAGCGAUGGCCGCUAACGAGUGCGGAGCUGCCUCCUCUGCGAGCUGUUCCAUCGCGCCCAUCCUGCCCUCGGUUACACAACAGCGGCUCAGCCCCUUCGCCGUCCCCAUCCCCCCCUCAGCUCCCCGUCCUGUCCCCCCCCCUCAGGAGCGUUUAUGGGGAGCCCCCGAGGAGGAGGAGGCAGGAAAACGAGUCGAGCCUUUAGAUGAGCGAAUCGCUGCGGCUUCCAAAGCCCUGAGGGAGGUGUGAGCGCUGCCCCCCGGUACCGAGGGGUCCCGGUGCACGGAGCACAGAACGCACCGAAACCAUCCGAGCUGCGUCCCCAGGUGGGAGGAAACUCGGGGCAUCCCCCAUAAACCAGACCGAAGCUGUUCCAGUUACAAGUCAUUAAAUUUAUUAGACCUCUCUA